AUGACAAGCUGGUGUCGUAGCGCAGCGAAUGACUUAGUCGUAUGUCUUCACGACGUUGAGGUCAAGGUCGCGCCUGUUGAACCUGGUCGAAAUAUAUGUGGUGGCAAAACAAAGAUGACUCCUAAGGCAAAGAUGAUCUUGUCGUGGGAACUAUAG